AUGCAGAUCUUCGUAAAGACCCUUACCGGAAAGACCAUCACCCUUGAGGUCGAGUCCAGCGACACUAUUGACAAUGUCAAAGCCAAGAUCCAAGACAAGGAGGGAAUUCCUCCCGAUCAACAGCGUUUGAUUUUCGCAGGCAAACAACUUGAAGAUGGUCGCACCUUGAGCGAUUACAACAUUCAGAAGGAGUCCACUCUUCAUCUCGUCCUCCGCCUUCGUGGUGGUAUGCAAAUCUUCGUUAAGACCCUCACCGGAAAGACUAUCACCCUCGAGGUUGAAUCUUCCGAUACCAUCGACAACGUUAAGGCAAAGAUUCAAGACAAGGAGGGCAUUCCUCCCGACCAGCAACGUUUGAUUUUCGCCGGAAAGCAACUCGAGGAUGGUCGUACCCUCUCAGAUUACAACAUUCAGAAGGAGUCUACUCUACACUUAGUUCUUAGACUUCGUGGUGGUAUGCAAAUCUUUGUCAAGACUCUCACCGGAAAGACUAUCACUUUAGAGGUUGAGUCGUCGGAUACUAUCGACAACGUUAAGGCUAAGAUUCAAGACAAAGAGGGAAUCCCCCCUGAUCAACAACGUCUCAUCUUUGCUGGUAAGCAACUUGAGGAUGGCCGAACUCUUUCCGACUACAACAUCCAAAAAGAAUCUACUUUGCAUUUGGUCCUUCGUCUUCGUGGUGGUAUGCAAAUCUUUGUCAAGACCUUGACUGGAAAGACCAUUACCUUAGAGGUAGAAUCAUCAGACACUAUUGAUAAUGUUAAGGCCAAGAUUCAAGAUAAGGAGGGUAUUCCACCUGAUCAACAACGAUUGAUCUUCGCUGGAAAGCAGUUGGAGGACGGCAGAACUCUUUUGGAUUACAACAUUCAAAAGGAAAGCACCUUGCACUUGGUGCUCCGUCUUCGUGGUGGUCAAUAA